AUGUAUACACGUCACGUUAAUGUGUCGUCUCCUGCAGACAGAGUUCAGACUGGGAGAACCUUUGUUGUGGAGGUUUCUGGAAACUUGGCUGGACGUCCCGACCAGCCCACAGGGAUUCCUAGUCUGGCAGGACCGGACCUCUCCUUGGUCUCUGUGGAGUUCCUGGACAUGACUGCUAAAGGUCAAAGUUCACAUCAUGUCAGCGUAUUGGAUGAUGGCUCCUUUUCUGUGUCAACACACUGGAUUUUAGAAACUCCAGGAAAAUAUGAAAUCAAUGUCAGAGUGUCCAACCUCCUCUCCACGCUCUCCUCCACUCUCCAGCUCUUCGUCUUGCAGCCCUCUCCACAGAUCUCUCUGCUCCACGGGCCCCUGGGCGUCCCCUCCUGCGUUCACCCUCAACAGCCCACCUCGCACAGUGUGACCACACAGGCAGCCCAUGUGGGCGACCCUGUCACACUGCAGGCAAACGCAGUCGUGCUUCCUGCUGUUUCUGACCUUAAAGUGAAGGUUUCGACGAAUCAUCUGAGAGCUGGAGCGAGCGUCUCUCUGGAUGUGGAGCUGUUCACGACCAUGAAGCACCUACUUGUCCUCGACCUCACGCUCACUGCCGAGUACGAGCGCAGCCACGAGAGCGACGUCGACCUCAGCAGCGAAGGACAUGCAAGCAAAAUUACCGACUGGAAAAACAGCACUGAUCGAGACUUGCUGCUCUCCACUGCGCUGCCUCAGGCCUUCAAGGUGUAUGAGCAAAUCUGUGCCCUGAGGCCUUCUGGGAGCUGGAUGUCAGCCGUUCAAACGCACUUAGAGUUCAGCCUGGAGGUCGUCAGCCAAGGGCGUUAUAAUGUCACAGUUGAGGCUUUUAACCCAGUCAGCCGGGCCUCAUUCCAAACACACAUCCUGGUUCAGGAUCCCGUGGGAGAGCUGGAGUUGAGCGUUCCACGUGCGAUCAGAACAAAUCAGAAACACGUGGUUUUAUUUAGCGUCGCAGCAGGAUCAAACGUGACCGUCUCUCUGCUGGUCAACGCAACAUUACUAUACAGAAACAGCAGCUACGCCACAGGAGAGGAGGCGGCGGCGGUUCUGCUUUUUCACCACGCCGGGACGUUUCCGUUUGAGCUCAGAGCCACGAAUCAAGUGUCUUCUCAAAACAAGAGCGUCAGAGUGUGUGUUGAGGAAAACAGGAAGUCGUCGCCACAAGUUACAGUUGAUGCAAACUGGGAACCACACACCAGUCAAAUUCCCAGCCUAGGUGACAAUGUGCGGAUCUAUGCAGAAAAGCCAGCUUAUCCCACGAACACAGACAUAACCUUCGUGGCUGUGGCUGAUGCACCAGAGCCUGUGGAGUUCAUGUGGCACUUUGGAGACUCUGUAUCAGUCAGAACUACCUCAAGAGCCGUCACAAAAAGAUACAACAAACCCGGCAGGUUUGAUGUAUUUGUGCUGAUGUCUGCUGGUCAGGCGUCCGUCACCUCUGACCUGCUCCCUCUGGUGGUCCAGAGAGCGGUGAAGCUCAACAGGCUCGUGCACCAGGCCUCGGUGCUGCAGAAUCAGACGGUAACGCUGAGCUGCCGGGUCAACGUGGGCACCGACCUCACCUUCCACUGGAGCUUCGGGGACGGUUCAUCCAGGCUGGGACAGAGCACGGAGCAGCACGUGUUCCACAGAACAGGGGAGUUCAGAGUCGAGGUGACCGCCUCUAACCUGGUCAGCUCCUCCUCUCUGAGCAGUCACAUCUUUGUUGUGGACCGACCUUGUCAGCCUCCACCGGUCAAAAACAUGGGUCCUCCCAAACUACAGGUGCGUAGGUAUGAAGUUAUCCGUCUGGGGGUGACCUACGAGACUGAAAUUGACUGCGACACAUCAGGAGGCCUUCAGUACACUUGGACUCUGUUGGACUCUGCAGGCCGGAUCCUCCGUCUGCCUCGCACAGACACACACAGACAGAGUCUCACACUGCAGAGCCACCUCCUGCAGUACGACACCUACAGCGCCACAGCCAGGGUCCAGGUCGUCGGUAGUGUGGUGUAUAGUAACUACAGUGUGAGAGUUCAGGUGAUGCCGAGCCCUCCUGUGGUUUUUAUCCAGGGUGGCACCAACGUCUUCAUUAACAGCGGGAACGCCACCGUACUAACCCUGGACGGGCAGAGAUCUUACGACCCCGACUUCCCCAUGAACCUGCUCAGCUACAGCUGGAUGUGUAAACCUCUCAGCUCCAUCAGCACCUCCUGUUUCAACCAACACAUUUCCACCUCCUCGCCUGUGCUCACUGUUCCUGCUGGUUUCUUAAAACGUGACUUCGACCAGUUCCAGUUCACACUCACCGUACGCAGCGGGGAGCGCUCAGCUUCCGCAGAGACCUUCCUCACAGUCAAACCAAAUCUGAUUGGGAAGUUGUCUGUUUCCUGCCCUCGUUGCCAGGGCGACCAGGUGAACUGGGAUCAGUCGUUCUCUGUCGACACCUGGUGUGAAGACUGUGAUGUUUCCCUCGCUCACAUCCAAUACACCUGGAGUCUGUUCCUGGUCGACGCCUCCUCCAGACCUGUCAUAGAAGUGCCAUUUUGUUCCACAAUGGAUCUCGGUGCUCCUUCCACAAUCAUCGAGGAUCAGACUGCUGAGACGUCCACCCUGCGUCCGUCUGACACAUCACACGACGCCCGAACUGAUCUCAGGACCCGGAAAAUUGGAGCGAGAAGGCAAUAUCUUGGCCUGACUGACGGAGAGGAGCCCUUAUAUCAUUCCCCAGGAGAGUUUCCCCCUGCCGAGCAUCACCCCUCCACUGACUACCCGCCACUCACCCUUGACAGCAGCAGAGACCAAUAUUCAGAGCAGUUUGGCCAAAGCGACAUUAUCAGUGAAUUCCCAGUUCACUCCGACCCCUCUGCUGAGUGGGAGUUUUCUUUUCCGGUCCUGGAGGGUGGUGACAUGGGAGAUCAAGCUGAGUCUGUUACAGAGUCAGAUUACGACGUUCACUCCCCACAUGCAGAGGAAGGAGACCCUGGGAGCUCUGCAGGAAGACCCACAGGUGUGGAUGGCGAAACAUUCAGUCCAGGAGAAGACGCAGUAUUCGAUCCAGCAGAACAUGAAUCUGAGGGCAGUAAUCUGGUGGUUUCCAGACCCUCUGUCCUGAUCCAGGAGCCAACUUUACUUGAUUUGCCUCGAGACCCAGUGGACGGAGACAUUUUCGAGUCCUACACUUACACAGGAAUUUCCUCCUCUACGCUCAGGGUCAGACCCUUCAGUCUGAGGCCGGGGAGCAGAUACAUGUUGGAGGUCACAGCCAAAUGUCGGAACAGUUUUGUCGGCCGGACUCAGCUGUUCUUGAAAUCCAAGCCUGCUCCAGAGGGCGUGAAGUGCCAGGUGCAGCCGGUCAGAGGGACGGAGCUACACACACAUUUCAGCAUCUUCUGCACGUCAGGGAAAGAGGAUCUACUGUAUGAGUACAGCUUCAGUGUAGGAGGCAGACCCCGUAGGGUGCUGUACCAGGGGAGAGAUUUCCAAUACUACUUCAACCUUCCUGCAGGUGACGCCAGUGAUGACUAUAAAGCAACAAUUUAUACUGAAAUCCGAAGCAGCACAUAUGGGACGGCCACUAAACCCUGUCCUGUCAGCGUCCGAGUCCAGCCAAGCUUCCUCAGAGACACAUCCUCCCAUCAGGACCCUGACCUCGAGCUGUCAGCGGCAGGUCUGAGGAACCUGUCGGCUCUGCUGCAGCUUGGGAACAGUCAUGAGGUUCGUAACUACGUCAGUGUUCUAGCCACCGUCCUGAACAGACUCAGCCUGGACUCCGAGGCCAACGCACAUGCUCAGAGACUCAUCCGCAAUGUGCUCAUUUGCACAGUGUGUGAGCUCAAGAGCGGUACAGCGGAACAGGAGUCAAUGGUUGACAGCAUCUGCACUUUAAAAGACCUUUUACAAGUUUCAAAUCAGGUAUCUUUAGCAAGUGUCAGACACGUGACACUUCACAUUCAGACCAUCUCAGACCUGUUUUUGGAGUCCAGCGCUCCAGUCCAACAUCAUCUGGACCACGAGACCCUCGACACUCUGCUUGUCCUGCUGUCGUACAUCCUGCAGGCUGCUGUCACAGAUCAUGACGUCACACCCGAAACAGCCAACAAGGGCAAUAUCACACAGGUACUGGAGUCAGACUCUGUAAAUACCACUGCAACUCCCAGGAGGUGCAUACCAGCAUCAUCCAGGGACCCCAUCAAACAGGGAGGAUCAAUUUCAGCAGAGCAGAGGACACGGCUUGUUGAUGAUAUUCUGCAGACUGCCUCAGACCUGAUGCUGAAGUACAUUUUCUUGCACAAGGUCCAGGAGCACAGAGUCAGCACAGGCCUCAUCUCCUUAUACGCUGCAAACCAAAACCAAACAUCCACGGUCAUCAGCAGCGGCUCAGCCACCUUCUACCUGCCUCCUUCUCUGAUCCAGCUUUUGUUCAUUCAUGGCAGUGGAGCAGCAGAGAGCACGCAGCGGCAGCCAUGCGUGCUCAGCGUGUUGACCACGCUCACCCUCAACCCUUACACCUGCGCCUGCAGUCCCACACAGCUCACUGGACCAGUGGUUGACUUGAGUCUGUACAAGUGCAGCGGGAGGAGAAAGAUCACUGUCCGUUCCCUCAAUCAGCCAAUCGACAUCGAGCUGCAACAUCCACCAAGAAACAAGAGCUCCGUGCGUGAGUACGUCCUCCUCCGCAGCCAGGUCAAUUACCACAGCUUCAACAUUACCAGGGACCAUCUGCAGCAGGUCAUCCAGCUGAGCGUGGCGUUCACGCCGCCGCCCGACAGAGUGUUUCCCAUCAUGCUGCUCUUCAGGAUGUGUGAGAGGCCGACUCCCAGCAUGCACCACCUGCACAGGACUCAUCAGUGGGAGAGCAACAACAUACGUAUCACUCUGCCCUCGUCCUACCUCAACGCUGCAGGGGUCGGUCACCUGGCUCUGCUGAAUGCUCAUUUUGGGAAAGAGCGCAGACACAAGCAGCUGAGUGAAGAGAUCAGCUACAGUCUCACUGUGGUCAGCAGUCAAUGCUUGACCUGGGAUGGCCACCAGGGGGCCUGGACACAUCUGGGCUGCAGGACACAGCAAGAAGACACAACAGCUGCUGUCAACUGCAGCUGUCACCAGUUGAGGCCUCUGACUGUGGUGCAGCACCAGAUCCAGACCAGACAUGACACAGAUGAUCUGGACCCGUUCCUAAGUGUGUCCCGAGAUCACACUGUGCUGGUCGUCAUGGUGCUGUGUCUGUGCCUGUACAUCCCCGGGCUGGUGGCGUGUAAGAGAGCUGAUGACGUCUCAGAGAAGAAUGGAAGAGUCCAUUAUCUUUCUGACAACUCUCCAUUGGACCCACAUCUUUAUGCUGUAACCAUCCACACUGGUGUCUGCUCUGCAGCCAGUUUGAGCGCCAAGGUGUACAUAAAGCUGUACGGUGAAGAUGGGAUCCCACACACAAGAGAAUUACAAGUCCCAGGAUGCACUCUGUUCAGGAGAAACUCUCAGGACACAUUUAUACUGAGUGCAGCAGACAGCUUGGGCUCCGUGUGGAGGGUUCACAUCUGGCAUGACGGCUCUGGACCUUCCCCGAACUGGUACCUCAAACAUGUAGAGGUAUCUGAGGUGACCAGUGGGCAUGUAAAGGGAUGCGUGUGGCUCUUCGUGGGUCAGUGCUGGUUGGCCGUGAACAAAGGUGAUGGCCAGGUGGAGAGAGCGCUGUGUGUUUGCACCCACGGAAUAGGCUUUGCUAAGAUGUUGUGCUUUAAAUUAUCCGACUUCUUGGCCGACUUCCACAUCUGGAUGUCUGUGUACCGCUGCCCCUACCCUAACUUGUUCACCCACACUCAAAGACUCAGUGUGUGUCUGCUGCUGCUGUUGGGGUACGCAUGUGUCAACACACUCAUCAUAUCGCAAAUGGACGAUCAGUUACCGAUGGAGUUGGGUAUUCUUGACGUAUCCUCCGUCUCUGUGACAACAGGACUGUUGAGUGUGGUGGCAGUGUUGCCCGGAACAACAAUUAUAUCUUCUCUGUUUCGACUGCAUGAGGUCAAAGUGACAAGGUCGGGAGUCCAACAUGCAAAAGGCAGAAAGACUGAGAAUGAUGACUUUGAAGGUGAGGGAACAAACUUGCUCCCAGUGUCCACUGCGAUGCUGGAAAAUAAAGAACCUGCAAACCAACCAGAUGUGAGAGUAAGAAAGGACGAUGAUCCGGCAGUUGAGAGCAGUGCGGGACUAGCGAUUUGGAAUUUGUCGUUGAUUUCAAAGGGGGAAAAUGAUGAUCGAGCAACUCUGGGAAAAGAAAUUCAUCUUUCAAGUGAAAGUAGCAAGUUUUGUGGGACCCAGAAAGAUGUUUUGUCUGUAUGUAUGAGAGAGGAAGAUCAAGACAAGAAGAAGAAAGAAGAUACUCAAGGAAACCGUUUCCAUGUAAUGGGCAAACUGAACAGGAGAAAAGUUGGACGAGCGUCCCCGUGGUGUCAAUCUUUGGCCUGGACCCUCUGUCUGCUGCUGUCCCUCUCCUGCCUGGUGCUCUCUGCAGUGCUGGGAAUGAGAUUCAGCAGCAGCAAGGUUUUGCUUUGGAUCCACUCCCUAUUUUUCUCUCUGGUUUCUUGCAUCUUCUUCAUCCAGCCGGUCGCGAUACUCACUGUGGCAGUGAUCGUCUCCUGUUGGUACAGAAACAGAACAGACUUUCAUACUUUCUCCACAAUUAAAGAGUUUGAGAUUCAACAGUGCAGCCACAGUGCUGCUAAUCGACCAGAGGAGCAGUUCAGGCCUCCUGAUUUCCCUCAGGACACAAGCUCAUACCUCGACAAGCUGCUUGCUGCUCGUCAGCGAGCUCGCUACCUGCGUCUUGUGCGGCCGCCGGCUCCGGCAGAGCUGAGGAGAAGUCGUGGGAGGAGAAGAAGAGAGACUCUCAUCCAUGACACUCUCAGGGAUUUGUGCGUCUGUGUCUCCAUGAUCGCACUGAUGCUGUGUGUAACAUAUGGCAGCUCAUUCAGUCAUCAUUACCACCUCAAUAAAGCUGUCAGGAAACAGUUUAUACGGAAUGAUGAUAAUGACUUUAUGUCCAUAAAAACACAUGAGGACUGGUGGAAGUGGACAGAGACCCGUCUGCUCAAUCAGCUGUACAAGAAUGCAUCAACCAAAACUGAGCAGUCACACAUCUUGAUGGGAGAGCCAAUCCUGUGGAAGUCAGAGGCAUCGAGCUCGUUCCAGGAGCAGGUUCCCAGGGCGACUUUUGUACCAGGACGUCUUCGCUCAUUCUUCGCAAGGAGCGGAGCAUCCACUUACCCUCACUCCAUUGUCAUGGUUCCCACGGCAACGGCCCAGAAGACAUGCGGUCGCCUGGGCUGCUACUCGGGGCCGAGUACUACAAUUGGCUUAGGCCACACAAAGUCGGACGCCACAUCCAAACUGAAUCUCCUGCACUCAGGCGGCUGGUUGGGCAGACGGACGGUGGCCCUGAAGGUCCAAUUCACCUUGUACAGCCCCGCACCCAACUUGUUCACCAGUGUGACCCUGCUCACUGAGCAGAGCCCCACCAGUGUCCUGGUGCCCUCUUCUAACGUGCAGUCUGUCAGGGUGUACCACACUCCUGCUGUGUGGGACUAUGUUGUUAUGGUGUGCCAGACCAGUUUCUGUCACAAGCCUAAAGGUUUUUUCAUGUUUCCUCUUCCUCCUCUCCAGCUCAUCUUCCUCCUCCUGUCUCUACUGCAACUCUGUCUUCAAGUGUGCGCCGUGAGGCAGCAAGGGCUGAUGGGAUACUGGAGGAGACCCCACAAUUGGCUAGAACUCACUCUCCUGACAGUGACCCUCGUGUAUUAUGUUUAUUACAUCUAUCACUCCAUCAUCAUCCUGGAGGCUGUGGAGCUGCUGCAGAGACACAGAGGACAUGUUGAUGUCAGCGUCCUGGCUUCAUGGGAACAAGACGUUCGUGCUCUGCGUGGCGUUACACUUUUCCUUCUCACCUUGAAGUGUGUGACUGUGCUGAGCAGGAACAGGACCUUGGCUUCCUCUGCUGCACUGCUCACUCGCUCCCUCUCCAGCCUCCUCUGGCCAACGCUUUCAGGUCUGAUCCUGUUGGUGGCGCUGUCCUGUGCUGGGAAUCUUCUGUUUGCACAAAGCUCCUGGGCUUUCAGCUCCAUUCCUCGCUCCCUUCAGACUCUGCUCUGUCACUUCUGGGGUCUCAGACCCACCAGGAGCCUCCAUCGCCUUCUCUCUGGACGAGACCUCCUGUACAGUGGAGCUCUCUAUCUGUCUUCCACUGUGGUGUGGACAGCAGGGGUUCUCGGUUUGGUGUCCACCGUGGUCAGAGUUGCCAAAAGAUCUCAGAGCAGGUGGGACAUCUUCACCGCGGCAGAUUUAGCCCGCUACAUCAGACGGAGGAUUUCUGAGGUCACUGGGCAGCGUGAACUCAAAUGGAUUGAUGACCACGUGGAGAGCAGAACUUACUACCUUGAAGAGUUUGAGAGCCUGGUGGACGAGCUGCUGUUCAGACUCAACGCUCUCUCCAGCUGCCUGCACCACACGCAGCCCCCGAAACUCCAUCACGACGUGUUGGAGCAGAGUCCUGUCACCUCACCCCUACAGGAACCCUCCAACACGGACACACAGGACUUUGUGAGAAGACUCGUGGCACAACAAACAAUCAGGUAG